GUCACUAGAUGGCGGGCGCGUCGUUCUCCAGCACCAGCAGCGGCAUAAAGCUUCUUCCGCCCCUGUUGUUCCAGUCUCCGCGAAAAUGGCCGCGAUCGGACGUUUAUCCCAGAAGCUCCUUAAGUCCGCCGCGCUGACCCAAAGCCGUCAGCUUUCGGCUGCAGCAGCUCACGGUGAACAAGCAGCCAAGACCUGGAAAAUCCUGACGUUUGUGGUGGCGCUGCCCGGAGUCGCUGUGUGCAUGUUGAACAUGUACCUCAGGUCUCAACACCACCAUGAGCAGCCGGAGUUUGUUCCCUACAGCCACCUUCGCAUCCGCAGCAAGCGUUUCCCAUGGGGUGACGGCACCAAGAGUCUCUUCCACAACCCCCAUGUCAACCCCCUCCCCGACGGCUACGAGCAUCAUGAGUGAAGAGUGUUAAGAGCUCUCCUAAAACUCCCCUACAUGGACCAGAGGACCCUCUCUAUCCCCUCUCUCACAUCCCUGGACGUCUGCCCAGGCCUGGACCACUCCUCAGUUUCUUUCAGUUUACAUGACGUCUGUCGAGUCUUGUUGAUCUUACCUCUGUGCUUUCCACACCUAGUGGAAGUACCUUAUGGAAACAGUUACAUUUACUCAAGGACCAUUGUAUCACAUUGUCAGCUUAAACUGAAAAAAUAAAAAUCUAUUCAUUAAAUUAUAAA